AUGUGCACGGGGGCCAAGGUGACCCUGACCUACACCCCAGGUUGGGAGGACGGGAUGCAGGCAGCCCUCGAGGCUGACGUGGGCGUGCAGUACGUAGCUGGCAACGGCGCCACCUUCAGCUCGGAAGGCGCUGGCAUUUACGACUCGUACAUCGUGCAAGCGCCCUGGAUCCCAGCCAUCGUGGACGGCCUCGAGAAUCUCAGCCCGCUCAUCGCGCAGUCGAGAUCUUUAGAUUGGCUUGACGUCAACUCGAUGUCGAGACAGAUCGUCUCGUUCGACAACACGGUCCGGGCGCUCCCCUUGGACACCGACUACAUCUCGUUCGGCUAUCGCGCCGAUGUCUUCGAGCGGUGGGGGAAGUCUCCGCCCGAGACUCUGGAGGAGCUUGUGGAGCUGUCCGAGUUCUUCAGCGGAAAGGAUCACAACAACGACAGCGUGCCAGACUGGGGCUUCUGCCUGACGCCGCAGCCGAAUUACUUCUACGCCUUCGUCGCGCCCGUGAUGCAGCGCACGCGGGCCAAGUGCCACGACACUCAGGGCGAUGCUGGGAGCCCCAUCUGCGACCUUGAGCUCACUGGGCAGAACCCUUUUUUCGACGUCGAGACCUUCCAGCCCUUGCUGGACAAUCCAGGUUUCCGGUACGCGUUCGACCUCCACGCGCGCUUCUUGCGGGCCAGCAACUGCCAGGACCAGCUCCAGUCUUUGGGAAAGUGCGACCGCAAGUCCGCCAUGAAGAGCGGCCGGUGCGCUGGGGUCAUAUCCAUGCCGGGCACGAUGACGAAGCUGUUGUUGCCUUGGGACCAGGGGGGCGUGUUUGCCCCUGAGCCGCGAUACGCCAACGACGGGACCACCGUCGAGUGGGAGGUCGGCGCCACUUCGAGCGGGGGCUACUGGGGCAGGCGAAUGAAAUUUCCUGGGUCGUCGAAAGUGUACGACUCCGAGGAUGGAGCUCUGAAGGACUGCACGCCCGAGCUGUGCCCGAAGGCCGUGCCGCACUCGACAAUGGAAGGCGUGCUGGUCAACUACGCCCCGUUCUUUGCCGAGGGCGGCGAGGCGUAUGCCCUGCGGGGCAAGACGGCGUCUGCCAAGAAGGAGGUCAUGUUCCAUUUCUUCGAGUGGCUCGCAAAUUUACCGCCGAGCAGUGUGCCGCUGAGCGGAGCAUAUCGACGUUCACAAGCGACGCAAGAGGCGAUGACCGAGAUGAUAGAGCAUGGGAUGCCAGAGCAGGUGGCUUCCGACUUGAUCGAGUUGCUCCAGUUCCUCUUCAGAGACGACGAGACGGAGGGUGCCAACAACGUGCAGGACCUGCUCAUCCUGGGCUUCGCAGAAUACAUGAGAGCUUUCGGUACGCGCAUCUACGACGAGCUGUUGUUGCAGCCUGAAGUCUUCAAUGGCUUGCUAUCGGAGGAGGAGUUCGAGAACAGGUACGCCGCCACCAUCUCAACACUCGAAGGAGACUACGAGGAGAUCAACUCCGAGUUCGGUAAGGUGGCGCAGCUCCAGCGCUGGCGCACCUCGCUCGGGCUCAUAGAGUUAUCCGACCAGGAGCUGUGCGGCAGGUUCGUGGAGGCAGACGAGGUCAACGCAGAGGUGCUGCGGAAAGCGGGCGUUGAUUGCCACGCCCUGUUGUUGAACACUACCGUAGACGUGCUCAAGAUCGUCGUGCUGACGCUCCUCUGCCUGAUGGGCGUCAUCUUGGUGGUCGCGGCCUUGGCGUGGUUCGUGCGCACCAUCCGAACCAACCGCCGCUUGCACAGGGACGCCAACCGACUUGUCGACCGGCAGGUGGCGGAGGCUUGGGAGAAGGUCUCUGACAUUCAGGCGCCCUUCGUUGUGAUGAAGGGCAGCGACGUUUUGAACUUCGGCCAGCUGGUGCCCCACGAGACCGCGCGCGAAACUGGCAAGCUAGUCAGUGUGGACACCAUGGGCGCCGAGAUGCAGGCGGGCCGCCCGCGGUGCCAGGGGCGGCUGGCGCCCGAUAGUUGCUUGUACCCUGCGCGCACGGCGCCACGGGAGCCCGCCUGCACGGCGCGUCUGCACGGCACGCCCGCCAGCGCGCCCCAUGCGAUGCAGAAGACGGGGUGGGUGCUGCUGCCGCUUCCAUACCUGGUGGACGCGCUCGCGAACAGGGACGUCGCCGAGGUCGUCGUCCUCGACGCGUGCGCGGCCUCGGCGCUGCUUGUGGCGUCGUUCCUGCCCGCCAGGCUGGUCUGGUCUGACCUCGCCCUUGGGGCCGUGGAGGCCUCGCGCAUGGUGGCCGGCAGCAUCGUCGUUCCGGGGGCCUGGUCUCCGUUCGUGGCCCCGUCCGUGAUGGCUUGCUUCUCCAUGGCCUGCGCGGGCGUCCAUUCCUCAAUCCUGGCGGCGUGUGCCGCCGUGGCCGCGUUGGCCGACAUGGUCGUGGCCUCACCCGGCUUCGAGGAGUCGGCGGCCAUGCACGCGCUCUCCUGCGCGUACGUGGUUGCCGCCGCUACCGUCAUGGAGCACCGCGUCGCUGGGCACUGCGCGGAGCUGCGGCAGCGCGGCUACCGAGUGGUCAGCUUCGGCAGUGGGGGGGCCGCCAGUCGCACGCUGGGGGGCGACGUGUACUAUCCGGUGCACGACGGCUCGCGCCUGGGCGCGGCGGCGUCGAGCAGCAUUGCCGAAACCAUGGCGUUCUCGGACUACGAGGACGACGCGCACACGGCCGCGCGACUGAAGCACUCGGGUGCGCACUUCGGCGGAACACGAUUGUGGUCCAUGUGCAGCGACCAGCAGGGCGAGGAACAGGGCUACGUUCCAGAACCCUCGCUGGUCUCGAUCGCCGCCAGCCCACGCGCGGAGGGCGGCGCGGCCCCGUCGGCGGCGGAGCAGCUCGCGGCGGCGGAGAGGCUGGCGGCGGCGGAGCAGCUCGCGGCAGCGGAGCGGCUGGCGACGGCGGAGCGGCUGCAGCUGGCGGCGGCCGAGCGGCUGGCGGUGGCGGAGCAGCUGGCGUCGGAGCAGGCUGCUGCGCCAGAGCAGUCGUAUGAGCACGACAGCUUCGACCUCUCAGGAGCGUUGUCUGCGAUGCAGCAGGUGGUCCAUUCGCUCAACAGCUCGGGGGUCCCCGCCGCCAGUCCGCGGGGGCUGACCUACGACGACGAGCUGCAGCUUGCCAGUCCAGCUGAUGAGCUGGCGGGUGCGGCGGGCGCCUCGCCGCCCCCCACAUCGGCAGUGGGCUCGCCGCCGCAGCCAUCGUCUCCCCGGGCGGGCCUCCCGGCCGUGAGGCUCGGGGGCUUCCAGACGGCGGCGCUCAACGACCUCUUCGUGGAGGGCCAAAGGGACGAGCUCAGGGUGAACGAUCAGCCGACGUUCUGGAGCACGAGGGGCUGGUUCCUGUACCACAACCCGCAGACCCGCACCUGGGGCGUCGCCAAGGCGAGCCGCCUCGACCGCGUGCGGGAGGGCCAGACCUGCGGGCUGGCGCACAGCCCAGAGGGCUAUGACCUCCUGGGCGGCGCCGUGCUGGGGCCGCCGGGAGGCUGGAGGGAGUGGGACGCAGAGGCGGGGCAGUGGGUGAAGCGGCUGGGCUCUGGACUGCAGAGCCGCGGGAAGGUCCGGGAGCAGCCCACGGACGCGGUCCGCGGCCCCGCGGCGCCUGCCAGGCCGGCCGCGGGCGCGCCCACGGAGCGCACAGGGCCGCCGCCGCGGGCCGUCGAGCCGUCGGCGGCCGAGCUGCACGGGAGCCACGGCCCCGCGCCCCGCGACACGCUAGUGGGGGACACUCGUGCGAGCGUGGACUGCUGCAGGCUUGUCGGCAUGCCGCAUGCCGACAAUCCUGUAGCCGUCUACACGGUCAGGCGCGAGCAUCUGCUGCUGCACAAGGUCCUGCGCCUCCCGCCCUCCACUUUUCGCAAGGCGGACCUGCUGGCCCUGACGAACUGGCUGCAGUCUCCGGCGCCUGCAGCGCUCCAGGCGUAUGCGCUGUCCGUCCGCUGGCGCGCGGCCACAGCCACGGUUACGGGAUGGCGGACGGCCCUGCAGAGGCUCGCCGCCGAGGCCGAAGAGCAACUCCCGGUGACGAGAUGGCGGGCGGGCGACUUCUCCCCGCCUUUCUGGGCUCUUCCGCGCGCAAUUGCGCAGGAAUACGCGAGCUUGGUGGCGGGGGAGGCGCAGUUGCAAGUUCCCGCGCGGCGGCUCCAGACAGCCAUCGCCGCGGCGGAGGCGGAGAAGCGGACGGCUGCGAUGAUGAUGCGGAAACCCAAGCUCCAGACGUGUUUCUGCCGCUCUCUCGCUGCGUCGCUCUUCCCUGAGUCCUUGGUGACGACCCUGCGGAAGCGGCUCCGUGCCUGGGGCCUUGGCGUGCCUCCCGCCCUGGAGGCUCGCUGGUCCGCGCUGCGAGCCGUGCUGGUGCGGGCGCCGCCGUCGUGGCAAUGGGCGGCUCUCAAAACGCUGGGAGGUGGGUGGACGACGGCUGGCCGCAUACAUAUCAUGACGCCCCGGCCCUGCCUGUUCGGCUGCGAGUGCGCGGCGGACGACAUCAGGCACUACCUCGUGUGCAGGCGGCUAUGGCACUGGGUGGCCCUGCCGCGCUCCUUCCUGCCGGGGCCGCUUGGCCGCCUCGGGCUUGGCAGUGCGGCCGAGCAUGCGGGCGAAUGGUCCCGGGGGACUGCCCUUCGGGGGGUCGUGCUGGCUUUCCACAUCUACCACCUGCACAAGAAGUUCUUUGACAAGCACGGCCGUGUCGUCCCCUUCGACGCGGCUUCGGGGAUCCGGCUCGCGGCCCUACAUCGACUCCGCGACCGCCAAGUGCCCGCUGCGGCGUCGGCGCAGUCGUCCUCGGCUGCGGCUGCCCCCCAGCCGCCUGCCCAGCGCGACGCGCCGCCCAGACCCGGCGGCUCUGGCAGCGGCCCCGGCGUGCACAAGACAAAAACGUUACCUCUGGAAGGCGCCCUGGGCGCGGGUGCGGAGGGCGCCCUGGAGCGCUCGCAGGAGGCGUUCUUGAAGCGAAAUUACGUCAUCUUCUUUUCUCACCAGUGGCUCAGCUGGGAGGAGCCUGACCCGAGCAACGUGCAGUUCGCUGCGUUGCAGGCGGCGCUCCAGACCAUCUCUGCCAGGACUGGGAAGAGAUUGGACGAGCUGUACGUCUGGUGUGAUUGGUUCUCCAUCCCCCAGAAGUGCCGCGCCUUCCAGAAGAUGGCGAUCGCCUCUCUUCCGGUCUUCGCCUCGAUCUGCCACUGCUUUGUCGCCCUGGUCCCCGACACCGAGCACGCCGACACAAACGCGGCGGCCAACCGGGCGGCCUUCCACCGCCGCACGUGGUGCCGCGCGGAGGUCAUGUCCCACUGGGCCCGCAGGGGCACGGAGAACAUGUUCUACGCCAGCGGCGAGGGCCUCCAGCCAAUGGCGCCGUCCAGCCCCACCGAUGAGUUCCUGGAGGCAAUACAGGUCUUCCACGGAGACCUCACUUGUUGCUGCCGGGGCCACAAGGGCGGGGCGCCCUGCGACCGGGAGUUCCUUAUCAGAUGCGGCUCCGAUGAAGAGAACGAUCCAGACAUGGACCCCACCGGUUGGGACGACCAUGUCAAGGGCCUCAUCGAUGGCCACCUCCGCAGCACGUUCGCCUCCUUCAAGAAUGAGAUCACUGGAAUGGUCGCCUCGACAGCGUCCGUUGCUGCCACGCAGGCCGUCGACCCUGUCAUGGCCGCAAUCCGUACUGUGGAGGAUGCCGUCAAGAGCGUCCCAGCCACGUGCCAGCAGAAGGUGGAGGCCUCACUUCGUCCCGAGCUGGCUGCGAUGGAGCGGCGGUUCCAGACACAGCUUGACGGUCUCAAUGCCAGAGUCUCCAGCUUGGAUUCACGCACUGAGAAGAUGCAUGAUGAGCUUGGGGGCAUGCACAAGCAAAUGGAUGAGCUGCGCAAUGCCUUGGCGCUCGCACAUCGUGCCCCGCCACCGCCCAAGCCUCCAGCAGCUGGAUUUCACAGAGAAGUGGACGCGACGGUGCUCAAGAUUGUGGCUUCCUCUAUGGUCAAGCGUAAAGAUGUCCACGACUCCAUCAAGGCCUGGCUGGACAAGUCCAAAAUUGAAGGAUGGGAAGUUCAGGGAGAAGAGCAAGAUCGGCUGUUUACGCUGCAGUUCACAGGCCCUGUCGCUGUCGCGGGUCGACGCGCAGUGCAGGCCCUUGGUGCACUUCGACUGCCUGGCAAAGGCAACUGGAUGCGCUUUCCCGUUCCUGGCGCUUCUGGAGGGUCCACGCAGCUGCACGUUGGUGCCGACAAGAACCCGUUCCAGAUCAAGCGUGAGAUUGCUGGGAAGAAGAUCACGGCCGUCCUGCGAGAGAAGUACCCUGACGCAAAGCUGUUCUUCGAUCGCCAGAAUGGGUGGAUCUCUGAAAGCUGGAACCCGAUUCUUCGUCUUGAGCCGCAGCCAGGACAGGAGGCGACAAAAUGUUAUUGGAAUGAUGCGGCGCUUGCUACGAGGGGAUGGACCAGGGACGAGAUCAAGGCUGCCAUCACCAACAUCAUCACCCCCAAUGGCGAGCCCGAGUGGAGUCUUUAG